AUGGGUAGUGAUGAUCGUCCCGGCCAACUUUCUUCACUUGGUCCACGACAUGACAACGAUCACGCGAAUAUCACAGAUAUACGCAUUCUCCCGACCACGAACGAAAUCCUUUCCACUAGAUAUUCGUAUAUACCGGUAUAUGACCCAUCUAAAUGGCAUUUGCAAGGUAUCCAGGGACUUUUGGACCGCCACUUCCGAUUGCUUCGAGAAGAUAAUCUUGGGCCUGUUCGAGACGUUGUCAGAACUCAUCUACAAGGUAGCUCAUGCACCAUGGGGAUGUAUCAGGACAAUUCUAUGAGUGCCAAUGAAUACAAAGUUCAAAAUCUUCGUGUUGCUUUCGACAUGAUAGAUGGCUUCGGGCUUCAUAUUGCUGUUAGACAGCCGAUAGAAGUUGCUAGUAGGCGCACACCAGCGCACCGGGAGCAGUGGUGGAUCGAAUCUCAAAAUAUCGACUGGGAGCGGCUGGUGUGUGUUAUCAGCAAGGGCUAUGUCAUGUUCUGUGUGGUGUCUCGAGCAACUUGUCGUACCCUGGCACAGCUGAACGAGAAAAGGGACAAAUCUAAGAAGAAGCGAAUACGCCCAGCAGAUUUGAAAGCAAGUGACGUUGACUUUAUGCUAAACCUUCGACAUAGCCUGGGUGCUGGCUCGAUUGUGGUGGAGUUUCCCACACUCCUCCUAGCAUCAUUCAAGCCAAUGCUGUGUACCCUUCAACAUAUGUCCACACAUACACAAGUACCGAUGGGUGAGUACUUGGUUGGUAGUUCAGGCAAUCUUCAAGAUAAUAGCAAGGUGGAUGAGCAUAUCCCGCCUCCCACUUAUGCCACAAACACCAGUUUCCAAUUCGAUCUGCGGCCCGUCAUAAGGGAUCAAACCACUCUUCUCUAUUCUGCACAAAACGAGCCGAAUGUCGAGGAACUCUGUGCAAGAUCAGAUCUCGAUACAGGCCAAGCAGAAUCACUUCUGAAUAGCCUUCGUCGACAGCUGGCGCUGAUUCAAGGGCCUCCUGGUACCGGGAAAUCCUAUACUGGUGAGGCCAUCAUUGAUGUGUUGCUCGCCAAUAAGGCAAAAGCAAAUCUCGGACCCAUCAUUUGCAUUUGCCAGACCAACCAUGCACUUGACCAGCUAUUAGAGCACUUGUACUUGCGCAAGAACAUCAAGCGAGUCGUUCGUCUAGGUUCACAGAGCAAGUCCGACGUCAUUGGGGGGCUUACUCUUCAGAACAUUAUGGAUCUGCAACCAAUGACUGAGCAGGAGAUGAUGAAGCGAGGCAGAACUAGCAAGAAACGCAGGAGUGCUGCGAAACGAGUGAUCGAAGCACUUGCAGAGCUAGAGACGGCUGAGCCUCAAAAAAGUGCAGAGAUCACAAGAGCCAUUCACGACCUCAAUCAGACGUUUGAAACCCACGUCAAGGCGGUCGACGCGACUUGGUCAGAAAGAAAGGUCAAUAUUCUCCGAGGAUAUGAUGUUAUCGGUGUCACCACAAGUGGGCUUGCUCGCUUUCGUGAGUUUGUAGGUCAACUAAAGAGCAAAGUUGUAAUCUGUGAAGAGGCUGGUGAGGUCUUGGAGUCCCAUACACUUGGGGCUCUAAUGCCACAUACGCAGCACCUUAUCCUAAUAGGUGACCAUCAACAACUACGACCGACGACCAAUAAUUGGGCAUUCCAGGUUGCCAAUCCUGAUGGCAGGAUAUUUUCCUUCGAUAUGUCUCUCUUCGAACGACUAGUUAAGCCUCUACUCCUGUCUGAUAAAAGGCUACCCUUUGAUACCCUGGAAGUGCAACGGCGAAUGCACCCGGUCAUUUCAGACCUCGUGCGAUCAACAAUGUACCCGAAACUCCAGGAUGCAGAAAAUGUGAAGCGGUACCCUGGCCUCGCCGGUUUCAAACGUCGACUCUUUUGGUUCCACCAUUCCAAGCCCGAAGAUGGUUCAAAUAUUAAUCGAAGUAACGAGUUCUCGUUCAGUAAUCGGUUCGAAAUUGAGGUCGUCAAAACUGUCUUGAGUCACCUGACUCGACAGAAUGUGUAUGGCGACGGCGAGAUUGCGGUGCUCACCCCAUAUGCCGGACAGCUUCGGCAAUUGAAGAUUCAACUUGGGACGACGUACGAUAUUUCUAUGAACGAGCUUGAUGCCGCUGAGCUCGAAAGGCGCAACAUGAUGGUCAAAACCGGUGGUUAUACUGGCAGACGGCGCAUACGCGUCGCAACGGUCGAUAACUUCCAGGGAGAGGAAGCUUCAGUCGUGAUCAUUUCACUUGUGAGAAGCAACGCUGAGCGAAGAUGUGGGUUCCUAAAUCAGUCAAAUCGCAUUAACGUGCUUCUUUCCCGCGCCAAACAUGGCAUGAUCAUCAUCGGCAAUGCUGAGACAUACAGCCUCAAUGAUAUGUGGUGGGAAAUCAUUCAGAUGAUGCAAAAUAACGGGAACAUCGGUCCCAGUUUUGAGCUCGAAUGUCCCAGGCACAAGGACAAAACCAUGCUCGCAUCAAGUGCUCAGCAGUUCUUUGUUAGUGGCUGCGACGAGGAAUGCGGCAAGCCGCUG